UGAAAUCAGCCCUUUGCUCACUUCCAGCUAAUAAAAAUAAAAAUAACCCAAGAUUUGAAGAGAGAGAAAAUCAAGAAUCCAAUUAUAGAGAGAGAAGCCACAAGAUUUCCUCUGUCCCUUCUUCUUCUUCUUCAGAAAAAAAAAACCAGAAACAGAGAGAGAGAUGGUAGCCUUCGCAGAGCAUAAUAAAUACAUCAAUGAAACUAAUAAUAACCCAGAAACCAUGGAAGAAGACGAUGAAGCUCACGAUGACGUCAUCCCCAUAUACAACAAUUUCGACCUUCAAUUGAAAGGAACCAUCGAUUACAGCCCCUGUUGUUUAGAUUCACGCGAUUUCGGCGGAUUCAAGACUGCAAAGGCUUUAGCUUUAAUCAGACCGGCCGGUUCACAAGAUAUAUCAGAGGUAAUUCGAAAAGCUUAUUGUUCCCCAAAUCUGACCGUCGCCGCCGUAGGCAACGGUCAUUCAAUCAACGGUCAGGCCAUGGCCGACGGCGGUUUAAUCUUAAACAUGCGAUCUUUAGAUCAUAACAACGAUGAUAUUAGAAUCGUUAAAAUUGACGGAACCGCUUACGCCGACGUAUCCGGCGGCGCAUUGUGGGAAACGGUUUUGAAAUACUGCGUGUCAAAACAUGGUUUGGCGCCGAGAUCUUGGACGGAUUAUUUGGGUUUAACGGUUGGAGGAACUCUGUCUAAUGCCGGCGUUAGUGGUCAGACUUUUAAGUAUGGCCCACAAACGUCAAACGUAACGGAGAUGGAAGUUGUUACCGGUCGGGGUGAGGCCGUUAUUUGUACGGACGGUCGGAAUUCUGAGCUUUUCUUCGCCGUUCUCGGCGGCCUUGGUCAAUUUGGCGUCAUCACUAGAGCUAGAAUUCUCCUACAACCGGCUCCACAAAUGGUAAGGUGGAUAAGAUUGGUAUACGCUGAUUUCGACGAGUUCACUCGUGACGCCGAGUCACUGGUAAAUGACGUCACUUUCGAUUAUUUGGAAGGUUUCGCCGUCGUGAACAGUGACGACCCCGUUAACGGUUGGCCGUCUGUGCCGUUAAUUCCCCGCCGUCAUUCUUUCGAUUCCGACCGGAUUCCGCCGACCGCCGGACCUCUUCUCUAUUGUCUUGAACUUGCUUUACAUUCCAACAAAUUGUCGUCACUUGAUAAGAUCAUGGAAAAGGGGACUAAAGGAUUGAAAAACAUCGAGGGAUUGAGAUUCGAGUUAGAAUUAGAUUACUCGGAAUUUCUACUAAGAGUAAAGAAGGCGGAAGAACAUGCAAUUAAAAACGGCACAUGGAACUCACCUCAUCCGUGGCUAAACCUAUUUAUCGCCCGCAAGGACAUAUCUCAUUUCAACCGAACCGUGUUCAACACAAUCCUUACACAUGGCGUAGGCGGACCUAUGCUCGUUUACCCUGUUCGUCGCUCCAAGUGGGAUGAUCGAACGUCUGUGGUGAUUCCUUCCGACGAUGACGACGAGAUAUUCUACUUGGUUGCGUUGUUACGGUUCAGUCAACCGUAUCCAGAAGGACCUCGAUUGGAAGAAGUGUUGGAUGAAAACCGCGAAAUAGUAAAUUGUUGCAUUGAGAAUGGCUACGAUUUCAAGCAGUAUCUUCCUCACUACGAGUCGGAAAUGGAAUGGAAACGACAUUUUGGGAUUAAUGGUUGGGAAAGAUUUGUGAAGCUUAAGGAAAAAUUCGAUCCUAAGGCUAUUCUUGCACCGGGACAAAAGAUCUUUACUAGGAGUUAAUUAAUUAAUUCGAUCAUUUUUAAUUACUUCACAUUCUUAUAUAUUAUAUUUGUCAUUUCUUAUUUCAUCAUCAAUAUCCAUUAUUAUAUUGUUCUUAACCUA